GAGAGCGACACGCCGAUGACAUUUCGUACGACGCCAUUUUGAAAACUCAUACAGGCGACAGGCUUAUACCUUCCGGUAGAUUGAAUCUGUCUCUUUCUUCAUUUGGUACGUAUCGAUAUCGAUGCGGCAUUUUUCUACUUUUCGUGGAUAAAACAAUAAAAAAAAGCCUAGCAUAAAACUAGCAUAGGAUUUAUUUCGGUUUGUUAAAAAUUGGCUAGUAUCAAUUUUGUGUGUGAAUUCAAUUGAAAAAUCAGCGGUGGAUCGAACGAGCAAUCCAUAAAAAAUGGCUAAAAAGCGAACCGACGACCGAAAUGGUGAAAAUGUGGAAGGUGAAGAGCCGAAUUUCGAGGAUCCAGAGGAUUUUGUUGAUGACAUUUCCGAUCAAGAAUUGUUGGGUGAUUUGCUCAAGCAGCGUCCCAGCGAAACGGAUGGCGUUGAAAAUGUGGUGAUUGUUGACAACAUCCCAAAAGUGGAUCCAACGCGUCAAGAAAAGUUGAAAACUGUCGUUCACAAGUUGUUCUCAACAUGCGGUGAAAUCACCAACGUAUUCUAUCCCGUUGAUGAGGAGGGCAACACAAAAGGCUAUUGCUUUUUGGAAUACAAGAAUGCGGAAAACGCUGAGGAAGCGGUGAAAACGUUGAACAACCAUCGUUUGGAUCGAAAGUUUACAUUUUCCGUGAAUUUGUUUACCGAUUUCCAAAAGUAUGAGCAUAUACCGGAGAAUUGGUCACCACCAACACCGCAACCAUACAAAGUCCAAAAUGAUUUGUACACAUUCUUAACCGAAUCAGAUGCAUACGAUCAGUAUUGUGUGGCUGCCGAAGGACCACAGAAUGGUGUUCAAGUGCAAUUCUGGCAAAAUACAUUACCUGAGCCAACAAUAUUGGAAACAAGAGAACGUUUCACCGAUACCUUUGUGAAAUGGUCACCACUUGGUACGUACAUUGUCACGUUCCACAAACAGGGUGUUGCCAUUUGGGGUGGUUCAACAUUCACCCGUAUCAAUAAAUUCCCACAAGCUGGUACACAAUUUGUUGAUUUUUCGCCGUGCGAAAAAUACUUGGUCACCUAUGGUCCAACGGCAACCGGUCAAAAGAUUAUCAUCUGGGACAUUCGUACCGGUCAAGAGAAGCGUUCAUUUGUAUCGGAAGGUGGUUCAAACAAUAUGUCAAUGUUCCGUUGGUCGCACGAUGAUCGUUAUGUGGCUCGUAUGGGUGAUGAAGCAAUUCAUGUCUAUGAGACGCCUAGCUUUUAUUUAUUGGACAUGAAAUCGAUUAAAAUCCCAAAAUUGCGUAACUUCAGCUGGUCACCAACGGAUAACAUUAUCGCCUAUUGGGUGGCCGAACAGACCGAUGUACCGGCCAAAGUGACACUUAUGAAAAUACCAAGAUUGGAGGAAAUCCGUAACAAAAAUCUCUUCAAUGUGGCCGAUUGUAAAAUCCAUUGGCAAAAGAGCGGCGAUUAUUUGUGCGUAAAAGUUGAUCGUUUCUCAAAAUCUCGCAAAGAUAAAAAGGAUUCGGACGUUAAAUUCUUGGGCAUGUUCUAUAACUUUGAAAUAUUCCAUAUGCGUGAAAAAGAUAUCCCCGUCGAUUCGGUGGAAAUAAAGGAAUUGAUUUUGGCAUUUGCAUGGGAACCGAUCGGCACAAAAUUCUCCAUCAUUCAUGGUGAAUCGAGCAGCGCUAAUGUUAGUUUCUACGAAGUGAAAAAAGGACAAAAGAUUAGUUUGGUCAAGAAAUUGGAGAAGAAACAGUGCAGCCAUCUGUUUUGGUCACCACGCGGUUCAUUCAUUGUGCUGGCCAAUUUGACAAUGGGCACCUUUGAAUUCGUUGACGCCAAUAAUGAUUUCAUUGUGAUGAACUCAUGCGAUCAUUUCCGUGCUUCCGACGUUGAAUGGGAUCCAACCGGUAGAUAUUGUGUGACCGGUGUCAGUGCAUGGAAAGUGAAAGAAGACAAUGGUUAUAAUAUGUGGUCGUUCCAGGGGAAAAUCAUGAAACGUGUACUGUUGAAGAGCUUCGUUCAAUUUUUAUGGCGACCACGACCACCAACACUGCUUAGCGAACAACAACAAAAGGAAGUUAAGAAGAACCUCAAGAAAUACUAUCCACAAUUUGAGCAAAAGGAUCGCUUACGUAUGACACGUGCAUCCAAAGAAUUGCUCGAGAAACGGGCCACGUUGCGCGAACAAUUUAUGGAAUACCGUACCAAACGGAUUGAAGAAUGGAAGGAACAGAAACAAGCUAGAAUGGCACUACGUAAUCACUUGGAUACAGAUGAAUUGAAUCGAGACGAACUUGAAGAAGAAAUUGUUGAAGUUUUAAUCAAAGAAGAGACCACCAUCAUCGAGUAAAAAAACACACACGCUGGAACAACAAAUAUUUCGAUCGAUUCGUUGCAUGAAAUAAAUAACAACAAAAUAAGCAAAGGCGUGCAUAAAUCGACGGCAUAAAUUUAUUUUUAUUCUAUUGCGUAUUAAGUGAGAAAGAGAAGCUCUCAUUAGUUAAAACUAAAUAAAGGACAAUUUUUUUUCUUUUGAAACGAAACACACAAACAAAAAGAACAACAACAACAGCAUCAGUUAAUGAGAAAAUCACAAAUAAAAUCUUAGUGUAAUUAAAACAUUGAAAGUGUAGGAAAAGGGUGAUCAGUGAAUUGGAUUUAAUUGGAAUUUGCCGCUUGACAGCAACACAUUCAUUGAAUCCCACAAAAUCAUUUUUUUUACUAUUUUGAAAAAAUGCAGCCGACUCAUUACAACAGUUCCAUUUAUAAAUACAAUAUUAAACAAUGUAUAAAAGUAAUUUUCUUGUAAAAA